AUGGAUGCACUUCUUAGCCCCGCUUACCAGAAUUCAUUGGCUGGAAGUGACGUAUACAAACAUAAUAUUCCUUGUAGCAACAGCAGUAUAUCUUAUUUUCAGGACAAGUCAAAUGACCAAUCUUUAAAAAAUUGUCAAGAAAACUCAGAAUUUUACUCAACUAGAUCCAUAACAGCAACGAGUUCUGAACAACAUCCACCUGAACCAGUGAAAAGACGUCCACACAUCAGUUCAAUACUAAUUGAUAAAAGAUUAGGAACUUCAUCUAGAGAUAAAAACAUCAAUGCAUCUACAUCUUUGUCCAAUAUACUGAGUGAUUUACCUGUCGAUCCCAUUGGUCAAACUAGGGUAGGCAAAUCAUCUAAAUUUCUAGAUGAACCUACUAAGAGGAAAGCCAGUGACCAACAACAAUGCAACACGAAGAUGAUAAAAUUAACUAGAUCUAGAAGAUACACAAAGAAACAGUACAAAUUUCUUGAAAGAGAGGGUAAAUCACUAAUAGUUGACAAAAAUGAUAACAUUCUUGAAAAUGACAAUAAUAAUCACAUGAAUCCAAGCAUUGAUAGUGAGGAUAAUUUUGCUGUUAGUGAUGUAACAAGCAGGAGUAAUUUACAAAAUUUAUAUCCCAGAAUUACAUCUAAUUCCUUAACAUCUAACCAUAAAGAAUAUAAGAAUGAAGAACUCAGUAUGCUUCCUAAUUUUGAUGAACUUGAUCACAGUCAUCAAAAGAAAAUAAGUGAACUGAUACAAAGAUUUCAGACUUCUAAAGCUACUUGUAUAUCCCCAAGCAAACAAGUUAUCUAUCGUAUUCCACGUUUAAACAAGCAAUCAGAAAGUCUGAGGAAUAAUGAAGCAGUCGGAACAAAUGAACCAGUCGACAGUACAUUUUACAGUACUAUAGGUGUAGAUAAUAUGAUUACAAAACAAAUAUUAAAAAAUUCAAGUAAAACAAGUGUUCGUUCCAAAAUUUCUUCAUCUUCAUCAUCGUCAACAUCAUCCACAAGACUGUCCUCAUUAUCACAACCGUCUCUUCAACCAACCAACGAUAUAUCUCCAAGCAAUCAAAAAUGCUUAUUAUCCUUUGCCGAAAAUGACCUGCAAAUGGAUGCUUAUCAUGAGACGUCUCAGAUGCAAUCAGUCAUACAACCGUCUGAAAAGACUAAUCCCUCUUUGUGUCCCGCAAAAGAUAAACAGAUUGAUAAACAUGGCGAUUUCGAAUGUAACAGUACAAAUAGUCAGAUCAAAGGCAGCUAUGAAUCUGUUUGUUAUGCCACUUCCACUGAAACUAAUAAUAGUGAUGACUCAAAAAUACACAACCUUUCUGUGAAGAAAUAUUCUACGUAUUCACGUGAAGAAGUGAAACGAAGUCAAUGUAAGGUGAUCAAGAGAGAAUCCUAUGUAAAUCGGAGAAAAAUGACACCUGAAAGACAAACAUCAACGACAACGAUGAUGAUGGUGAUGACAACGACAACAACAACAGUUACAUCGAAACACUCAUCAAAAAACCAUUCACCUCUUUCUCAAAAUGUAUCAGACACAAACGGGACGUUAGACUCACUAAAUGCGAAAACAUGUGAACUUAUUAAGACAACGUUGAAGCCAAGUAUAUCCAACAUUUUGGAGGUGGAAGAUAGCCACUAUGUUAAAUGUUCAAGUGAAAUCAUUUCAUCCACCUGUAAAUCCUUAGUAGAUGAAAAUGAAUACAUCGAAUAUCCCCUUAAGAUCAGUACAAUAAAGAACGUUAACCCAUGUGAUCACUAUGAAGAGGUCGGAGUACUUGGUUAUGGCACAUAUGGACAUGUGAUAAAAUGCAGAGAAAUAAAGACUGGUAGCAUAUUUGCAGCUAAAAAGUUUAAAAUCUUACGACUCAAGCGACACAAAGGUGAAUUGAUGGAAGUAGCUGUAUUACGUGCAAUCGGAAAACAUCCACAAAUAGCCCAUCUACAUGCUGCAUAUGAACAUAAUAUCUACUGUACUAUAAUUACUGAAUAUGUUCCAGGAGGGGCUCUGUACAACAGAAUUGAAAAAGAAGGUUCAUUGGAUGAAGCUAUAACUGUGAGUAUUGUUCGUCAAGUUCUUCUUGGGUUGAAACAUCUACAGGAUUGUUCAGUUAUUCAUCGUGAUUUGAAACCUGAAAAUUUGAUGAUGGUUCAGUCUUCUGGAUAUCGACUGAAAAUCAUUGACUUUGGUUUGGCUAUGUUUUAUUCAGGUAGCCUGUGUCCUCCUAUACCUGCUGGUACAUUAACUUACAUAGCACCUGAAACCCAAAACUGUGAUCCACAAACAUACACCACUGAUUUAUGGAGUGUAGCAGUUAUUGCCUAUGAAAUACUUGCCGGAAUUACACCAUUUGAAAUUCCACAAGAUGGAUGCCGUGAUCGAACUCUUACCAACCAUGAGAUAUCUUUAAAUAUCACACAUGUUAGAUAUGAUUUUGAUGACCCUGGAAUAGUUGAUGUUUCAAAUGAAGCUAAAGACUUUAUCAAACAGAUAUUGGUACGCGAUCCAAAUAAAAGACCUUCUGUACAUCAAUGUUUAAAACAUCCCUGGAUGGCAAUGCGUGAAGAAGACAGGCCACCUGUGAAAAGAACAGUUUCAUUAUUUCGUCAUAGUACAAGAAGAAAACCCAAAGGCUGUCGUAUUAAAGCAGGAACAACUCAAAAGUGUGAUCCAUGUAACAAUUAA